AUUAUCUCCACUGAGACUUUCACCUUCAUCCUUGCAUUCUUCUACAGUUACAAACUCGAUACGGUUCAAUUCGACUCUAAAUUACGUUCAUGGCGAAGAUCGCUCUAGGAAGCAGUCAAGAGGCGGCCCAGCCCGACUUCAUCAAGGCCCUCAUUGUUGAGUUCAUUGCCACCUUCCUAUUCGUAUUUGCUGGAGUUGGAUCUGCCAUGGCCGCCGAUAGGCUAGAGGCACCCCCGCUUGUGGGGCUAUUUGCGGUGGCGGUGGCCCAUGCGCUGGUGGUAGGGGUGAUGAUAUCGGCGGGCCACAUCUCUGGCGGCCACCUGAACCCUGCUGUCACACUCGGCCUCCUUUUCGGUGGUCACAUCACCAUCUUCCGCUCGAUCCUCUACAUCAUAGACCAGCUUUUUGCUUCCGCAGCCGCCUGCUUCCUCCUCCAGUACCUCACUGGAGGACUGGCUACUCCAAUACACACGCUUGGCAGUGGAGUGGCCUACCUCCAUGGCAUAGUAUGGGAGAUAGUCCUUACCUUCUCCCUCCUCUUCACCGUCUAUGCCACCAUUGUGGACCCGAAGAAGUGGGCCCACGCGGCCCAGGGCCCGAUCCUCACGGGGUUCAUCGUUGGUGCCAACAUUCUGGCCGGAGGGGCCUUCUCUGGUGCCUCAAUGAACCCGGCUCGGUCCUUUGGUCCUGCCCUCGCGAGCUGGGACUGGACCGACCACUGGGUCUACUGGGUCGGUCCUCUUAUUGGCGGUGGCCUUGCUGGGCUCAUCUACGAGAACUGCUUCAUCAUCAGGACCCACAUUGCUCUUCCCACCACCGAGGAUGCUUUGUAAGUAAAAAUUUGGACUCUAUUCGGACAUUUAGAUGUAUGUUUAUCCUAUCUGCUGAAUUAAGUGUACCUAUUUAUUGUAUCUA